AUGCAAGUAUCGUUGUUACGUUUAGCGACGUUCUUCAUAUACUUGACCCUGAUGCUUGCGGCCAAAAUACCUGCUGAUUCCAAAGGAGACGAUACCAAGGUUGUAACUCCAGGAGAUGACAAUAAGAAAGCUGACAAACUUAUUCUUAACAAAUCAAUUGGAUUCAUUGAUAGUUUGAACAAAGGAUCAGAUUCAAUAUCCAAGAAAGAAGAUAACAAUGAAGGAAACGCUAUUGGAAUCCCUCCAGCUUUGACUUCUGCUGAUUUUGAUAUUGUUACAAGUAAUCAGUUGACUUUGGUUGAAUUCUUUUCACCAUAUUGUUCCCGUUGUAAACAGCUUGCGCCAAUUUGGGAAGCAACAUAUCUAAAAUUCAAAUCCGAAUACCCUGGUUUAAACAUUGAUAUGAGACAAGUGAACUGUGUUGAAAGUGGAGAUUUAUGUAACCGUGAAAAUAUUCAAUUUUACCCCAAUAUCUUGUUGUAUGCCCCCAGUAUAGAUUCAAAGGGGAAUCGUAUACCCAAAGAACUGAGAAAUAUUGGAAAUUAUCCAAGGAAUUUAGAUAGAACAGAGGAGAAUUUUAUCAAAUAUUUAAAAACAUCAGUUGCUGAAUAUGAUUCUGGUGCAAAUAAUUUACCUAGUGCUUCAAAUAUCUUAAAUACUGAUCAGGUUUUGAAUUUAUUAGCUGGAAAUAUUAAUGUGCCUACAUUUGUUGCAUUUUUCCCGUCAACAAAGAAAGAAAUGAGGAAAAGUAGAUUCGGUAGACAAUGUGUAGAUUGUGUCCAUUAUAAACAAGUAUGGGAUAAUUUAUCUAACAAAAUCCUUUCAGUGGCUGAAUCUGGCCAUGUUGCUUGUCUCGAUAGUCCUAAAGUAUGUAAGAAAUUAGGACUGCUUGAUGAAAAGAAUUCAGCAGGAUUACCUAAAUAUGUAAUGUUCUUACCUAAAUCGGUAGGAAUCAUUAGAUUCAAUUAUACUGGGCCUGUCGAAACUGAUGCCAUGAAGGUUUGGGUAACAAAAUUAUUUUAUAAUUCAAGAUUUGAGACUAUUUCUGCAACGGGUCUUAAGAAUGUCAUGGAACAUACCGAAUUGCUUGCCAAAAAACCAAUUCAACAUGAAUUCCCCUUGAAGAAUAAAGUUACUGUGUUGUUUUAUUAUGAUGGUGAUACAAUUUCUGAAGAAGAUAAAGCAGUUUUACCUUAUUUAUUACAAACGUUACAAAAAUCACCAUUUAAUGUUCAAUUAUAUACUUCCAAGAAUCCAAAAUUAGAAAAGAAAGUCGAGACUAUGGGCAAGAAUUUGAUUGAUUUUAUUAAUUAUGAUGAUUCACUGUCAAAAUAUAGCUUUGACAAAGGAAUGCAUGUCUCAACAACAUUGUCUUCCAAACCUACGAUACUUGUAUUCAAAGAUAACUCAUUAAUUGUUGACGUGUAUCAAAGUGUCGCCCCAGAAGACCUUAGGAUAUAUGAAAGAUUGGAAAAGUUUAUUGAAAGAGUCCAAUAUCCGUUAUAUCAAGAAUUAACGGGUGAUUUAUUACCUGCUUAUUUCAGUCGUGAUUGGAAGAAGAAGGAUUACAAGAUUGUGGUUACAUUUGUUGAAACUGAAGAUCAAAAGGCGACCAAUGAUGAAUUAUAUCAAAUCUCGGUGGCUGCACAUGAAUAUCAUCAUUUGAAAAAGAAAUAUUAUUAUGAUAAAUUACUUCAAGAUAGACAAGAUAAGAAUGAUAGAGUUCAAAAAUUAAAAGCUGCAAAUGCUGAUAGUGUCAAGAUUUUAGAAACUAUGAGAGAUGAAAUUCCCCAUUUCUGGGAUAGCGACGAUGUUUUGUUUACAUUUAUUGAUAAACCUAGGGCCAAGAAAGAAUUUUCUGACGUUAGAGGAUGGAAAAUUAAUCCGGACAAUUAUCAAGUUGGUGAUAGUAUAAUUAUAAGUAAAGAUAAUCGAUACUAUUGGGAUCAAGAUAUAAAUGGUGAUCAAUUAAAGAAUGAUCCAAAAUCAAUGAAACAAGUUUUACUUUCAUUAUUAGAUCCGACUUUAACCAGCGCAAAAAUUCAAACCAAAGUUGUUGGAAGUCCAUAUGGAGGACCAUUACAAUUUAUGGACACGGUUCAUGAUGCGGGUAUUCUCGGGUAUUUGGGUGUUUUCAUCGUGUUGUAUUUGAUUUUAUUCUUGUUAAGAAAAUUAAGAAAAAGAAGAAGAAAUAAUAGAUCACCAGCACCGCCAAAUUUGGGUAUACUUGGCCAAGAAAUACCCAAGAAAGAUUAA